AUUCUGUUGGUUCUCCACUGUUUUCAGGCAACAUUCAAUACACCGUUGACACAGAGACAAACGAAUGAAAUUGAAAUUAAAAACGAUUGGAAUAAAGCAAUUGUGUUCAAAAUGAAGACAACACAGCCGGAUGCGUUUAAAAUGAAACCUGUUUACGGCAUCAUACAACCGAAGGAGAAGAAAAAAGUGGUAUUAAUUCUAAAGAAAUGGGAUGCGAAUAAAAAACCGAAGAAAAGCGAUCAUUUUACGGUCGUUUUUGCACCAGCGCCUGAGAAGUGUACAAAUCCGUCGAAGACCUGGAAGGCUUGGAAACAGAGCAAGGUAUCAGAGGCAGCGAUCAAUGCGGCCAGAAGACAGCUGAAGAUCGUCUAUAAUCUUGAAGCACAACCGCCACAAAAAGGUGAUAAGAAGGCACCGAAGGAGGAAGGCAAAAUGCCGAAGGAAACUGCCGAGAAACCGCCGGUGGUAGCACCCGCCAAGGAGACCAAAGAGAAGAAAGUAGUAGAAAAACCUGAAUUGCCUGCAGUAGAGGAUAAACCGAAGAAAGAGAAGGAGGUCGAGAAGGUCGAGAAGGAAGAGCCCAAAAAGGAAGAGCCGAAAAAGAAGGAGAAGAAAAAACCGUCCAAGAAGAAGGAGAAGGAGGAGGAAGAGGAGGGCGAGGAAGAGGAGAAGAAGAAACCGAAGAAGGCAGAAAAGGAGGAGAAGAAGGAGGAAGAGGAAGAGGAGGAAGACGAAGAGGACGAUGACGAUGACGACAAGAAGAAAAAGAAGAAGAAGGCAAAGAAGGGCAAAGGUGCUAAGGAUGACGAGUCCUCAGAGGAGUCAUCCGAUGAUUCCGAGUAA